AUGGGGGGCGCUAGCGCGGCUGGAGGACACGGCCCGUCCUCCCUCUUCCUCUUCUCGGAGGAGAACCUCAUCCGUAGAUACACGCGCUUCAUCAUCGAGUGGCCAUAUCCUUUUGAAUAUGCCGUGCUUUUGACAAUCAUAGCCAACUGUGUAGUGCUGGCGCUGGAGGAGCACCUGCCCAAUCACGACAAGACUGCAUUAGCACAAAAACUAGAAAAAACAGAAGUUUACUUUCUGGGGAUAUUUUGCGUUGAAGCCUCAUUAAAAAUUUUAGCCUUAGGUUUUGUUUUACAUAGAGGAUCAUAUCUUAGAAACAUUUGGAACAUUAUGGAUUUUUUUGUCGUGCUAACAGGGUUUCUGACGUUGUUCCCACAGGAGAUCAUAGCAGUGGACCUGCGCACGUUGCGGGCUAUUCGAGUGCUAAGACCUCUCAAGCUAGUCUCUGGCAUCCCUAGCCUGCAGGUCGUCCUGAAGUCUAUCAUAAAGGCUAUGGCUCCAUUGCUGCAAAUUGGAUUGUUGGUAUUGUUUGCUAUUGUGAUCUUUGCUAUUAUCGGAUUGGAAUUCUAUUCGGGAGCAUUACAUCGGACGUGCUAUAGCCUUUACGAUAUAGAUGAAAUAGUGAAAGAGGGCGAAGAAGAGGUGCCUUGCAACACGGAUAAUGAGACACAGGCAAAGUCGCAGGGAAGCAAUUGGUGCCGCGACGGGAACUCCGUGUGCCUGGAACGGUGGCAGGGACCCAAUAAUGGCAUCACUUCCUUCGACAACAUUGGCUUCGCCAUGCUUACCGUCUUCCAGUGUAUCACCAUGGAGGGAUGGACCAGCAUUCUUUAUUGGAUGAAUGACGCUGUGGGAAGUUAUUUCAACUGGAUGUAUUUUGUACCACUCAUUGUUUUGGGUUCUUUUUUCAUGUUAAAUUUAGUUCUUGGUGUCCUCAGCGGUGAAUUUGCCAAAGAAAGAGAAAAGGUAGAAAAUCGGCAAGAAUUUUUAAAAUUAAGAAGAGCAGCACAACUAGAACGAGAACUAAAUGGUUAUGUACAAUGGAUAUGCAAAGCAGAGGAAGUUAUUUUGGCGGAAGAGCGAACAACAGAAGAAGAAAAAUUACACAUAAUGGAAGCUAGAAGAAGGGCGGCAAAGAAAAAGAAACUGAAAAAGAUGGGAAAAAGCAAAAGUACCGAUACGGAGGAAGAAGAGCAAGAGGAAGAAGUCGGCGAUGAUGUGUUGUUGGCAGGAUUCGGCAGGACUUCCUACAUGAAAUCACGAGCACAGGGUCCUGGUGGAUGCGCCAGUUUUUGGCGUGCCGAAAAGCGUUUCCGAUUCUCCAUCAGGCACAUGGUUAAAACGCAAUGGUUCUAUUGGUCAGUCAUCAUGUUGGUUUUCUUUAACACCUUUUGUGUGGCGGUCGAGUACCACGGACAACCGCAAUGGCUAAGUGACUUUUUGUAUUAUGCUGAAUAUGUAUUCUUGGGCCUGUUCAUGUCUGAAAUGUUUAUCAAAAUGUACGCAUUGGGGCCAAGAAUAUAUUUUGAAUCGGCUUUUAAUCGUUUUGACUGCGUCGUCAUUUCCGGUUCCAUAUUCGAGGUAAUCUGGUCGGAAGUCAAAGGCGGUUCCUUCGGCCUUUCUGUGUUGAGAGCGCUUAGGCUACUCAGGAUAUUUAAGGUGACCAAGUACUGGUCUUCGCUCCGAAACCUGGUGAUAUCGCUGCUCAAUUCGAUGAGAUCCAUUAUUUCUCUGUUGUUCCUUCUGUUCUUGUUCAUUCUUAUAUUCGCAUUGCUCGGCAUGCAACUUUUUGGCGGGCAAUUCAACUUUGAGGAGGGUACUCCUCCGGCUAACUUCAACACCUUCCCGAUAGCACUAUUAACAGUAUUUCAAAUUUUGACGGGUGAAGACUGGAAUGAGGUCAUGUACAAUGGAAUAGAGGCUCUAGGUGGACCAAACGGGGGCAUGAUAUACUCCCUUUACUUUAUAAUCCUUAUGUUGUUCGGAAACUACACUUUGCUCAACGUUUUCUUGGCUAUCGCCGUAGACAAUUUGGCGAACGCCCAAGAACUGACCGCUGCAGAAGAAGAACAGGCUGAGGAAAAUAAAGAAAAACAGGCUAUGGAGUUGGAAAAGGAAAUGGAAACUCUAACUAUGGAGGGUUCGAAUCCGGGAAUAGAUGUGAUGUCAUCCAGUCCGGUUAGAAGAAAAAAGAAAGACGACAAGCCUCCUGACGAAGAAGAGGAAAUCGUUGGCCCAAAACCUAUGCUGCCAUACACUAGCAUGUUUAUCCUAUCAUCUACAAAUCCCAUUCGAAGAGGCGCCCAUUGGGUUGUAAAUCUGCGCUACUUUGACUUUUUCAUUAUGGUGGUCAUUUGCCUAAGUUCGAUGGCGUUGGCUGCCGAGGACCCGGUUGUGGAGAAAUCGUUUCGCAAUAACAUCCUCGAUAAAUUUGAUUACGCCUUCACCGGCGUCUUUGCCGUCGAGAUGUUCCUCAAGAUCGUCGAUUUAGGCGUGAUCCUGCAUCCCGGCGCAUACCUUAGAGAAUUCUGGAACAUCAUGGACGCCGUUGUCGUCAUAUGCGCCCUCGUCUCCAUGGGAUUUGAUUUUGCGCAAAGUUCAGCUGGUGCAAAUUUGUCCACAAUCAAAUCUCUGCGAGUGCUUCGAGUGUUAAGACCUUUAAAAACAAUUAAACGAGUGCCGAAAUUAAAAGCAGUGUUCGACUGUUUAGUGAACUCGUUAAAAAAUGUGAUAAACAUUCUUAUAGUGUAUAUAUUAUUCCACUUUAUAUUUGCUGUGAUCGCCGUUCAGUUGUUCAACGGAAAAUUUUUUCAUUGUACUGAUGGUAGUAAAUUUACCGAAUCUACGUGCCAGGGUCAGUAUUUUGUAUAUGAAGAGGACAGCGAUGUACCUCGAGUAGAAAGCCGGAUAUGGAGCGUUCAAAAAUUUCAUUACGAUGACGUUGCGAUGGCUAUGUUGACUCUUUUUGCUGUGCAAACUGGAGAAGGCUGGCCGCAGGUUCUACAAAAUUCUAUGGCUGCCACUUAUGAGGAUCAAGGCCCUAUACAAAAUUUUCGAAUAGAAAUGUCCAUUUUCUACAUUGUAUAUUUUGUAGUGUUUCCAUUUUUCUUUGUAAAUAUAUUCGUAGCCUUGAUCAUCAUUACCUUUCAAGAACAGGGUGAAGCUGAACUACAAAGUGGUGAAAUUGACAAAAAUCAAAAAUCUUGUAUAGAUUUUACAAUCCAAGCACGUCCAUUAGAAAGGUAUAUGCCAAACAAAAGGAACGGCUUUAAGUAUAAAAUUUGGCGAGUCGUUGUCUCCACGCCUUUCGAAUAUUUCAUCAUGAUGCUUAUCGUUUUUAAUACAUUAUUGCUGAUGAUGAAGUAUGACAAGCAAGGCGAUACCUACACCUAUACGCUUAAGUAUCUCAACUGGGGCUUUACUGGCAUGUUCACGGUGGAGUGCAUCCUCAAGAUUCUUGCAUUCGGCGUGCGGUACCACGAGUCUCCGCCCUUACUGUCCGACAUCCUGGCGGCAAUGAAUAUUCUCUUUACUUUUCUCUUCUUAUGUGAGACAGUCCUCAAGCUGAUUGCCUUCGGUAUUAAGAAUUUCUUCAAAGACCCAUGGAACACAUUCGACUUUGUGACAGUGGUGGGGAGUAUAGUUGAUGCGAUGGUCGUUGAGUUUGGUGAGAGGGCUGCCAAAAUGGCCAAAGAAAGGGAAAAUUUUAUCAACGUUGGAUUUUUGCGGUUAUUUCGUGCUGCCCGUUUAAUAAAACUAUUGCGUCAAGGGUAUACGAUAAGAAUACUGCUUUGGACUUUUGUUCAAAGUUUUAAAGCUCUUCCAUACGUUUGUCUUCUUAUCGCCAUGCUGUUUUUCAUCUAUGCUAUCAUAGGAAUGCAGGUGUUUGGAAAUAUUGCGGAAAUGCCAAAUGAAUCUAUUACCCGCCAUAAUAAUUUUCGAAACUUCAUUCAAGGAUUAAUGUUAUUAUUUAGAUGUGCUACCGGAGAAAAUUGGCCAAGCAUCAUGUUGUCCUGCAUAAAGAACCAACCGUGUGAUCCGAAUUCAGGAAAAGAAGCAAAUACUUGUGGUUCAAACUUAGCCUACAUGUAUUUUGUAUCUUUUAUAUUCUUUUGUUCGUUUUUGAUGUUAAAUUUAUUCGUUGCCGUUAUUAUGGAUAAUUUCGAUUAUUUGACAAGAGAUUCUUCUAUAUUGGGCGCUCAUCAUCUCGAUGAGUUUGUCAGGAUAUGGGCGGAAUAUGAUCCCAACGCAACGGGGAAAAUACAUUAUAGCGAAAUGUACGAUAUGUUGAAAAAUAUGGAUCCCCCCCUAGGGUUUGGAAAUAAGUGCCCAAAUAGAUUAGCAUAUAAAAAAUUAAUUCGAAUGAAUAUGCCGGUGGAUAACGAAGGAAAAGUUAAUUUCACUACAACUUUAUUUGCUCUCAUUCGUGAAAAUCUUAAUAUUAAGAUGCGAACAGCUGAAGAAAUGGACCAAGCUGAUGCAGAACUAAAAGAGACAAUCAAAAACAUCUGGCCGCUUCAAGCCAAGAACAUGGUGGAUUUGUUAGUUCCCCCAAAUGACCAAUUAACUGUGGGAAAAUUAAGCGUUGGAAAAAUCUACACGGGCCUCUUGAUACUAGAGAGUUGGCGGAGCACCAGGUUCGGACAACUGGAACCUACAGGACUGCCGAAAGCGUCGUUUUUUGACUGCCUCAUGGACAUGGCGGGACAAUUGGGCGGCGGCAGUCGUACAGGGUCUCUGAGUCUAGAGGGCGCCCCCCUCAUGGGGGCCCAAGAGCAUACUGAGCAUGCCCACGAGGAGAGCUCGCUAGCCACCUUGGCCAGGAGAAGCACUAAAAGAAAUCGGUCCAUAAGGAAUUCAGGUUAUGGAUUUGCAAGAUGUACUCGGAUCGCGUAGGCCGUCAGUAGACAGUUUAGGUGACCAACAACAUCUGCAUCCUGGAUUUGGAAAUUCACAUCAUAGAUCUCCAAGUCUAAGACGAGGAAAUUCUCCGUCCCUCCAAAGAAGUCCUUCGCCACGAAGAAAGUAUCAGCUUCAUCAUGACAUUGGCUUUUCGGACACCGUUUCCAAUGUUGUCGAAAUCGUUAAACAUGAGCAUCAGCGAAGUCACAGAAGAUACGCUAGAGGCUCGUGGUCGGCUUCAACGAGUCCGGCCCGGUCGCCAUCGCCCACGGGCGGGCGUCAUAACUCACGGUACGGGCCGAUAAGGUCGUCACGACGCAACUACGGUACCACCAGCCUUUGCCAAAGGUCGAGAAGUCCAAGCCCCGUGGGACACCAUGUCCCGCACCAACAAGGACCACCCAUAAUAGCGGGUGCGGUGGUCGGCAUCCCGAUGCAGCAAAGUGCCGUGCACCAGAGCAGCAUGCAACACAGCCAUCCCAUGCUGGGCGGCAGAAGGGGACAAGGCAGGCGGCUGCCGCCAACGCCUUCUAAACCUUCCACUCUCCAGCUGCGACCUGCCAUCAUAAACUUUCCAAAACUGAACGCUUCCCCAACACAUCAGCAGUUGGUGACUCAGUCGGCGCAUACGACGCCACACACGAUGCCGCACAGUUUUCCUCGCGAUCGUUCGGAACCGUUCCGAGAGAUGACGCCGGCGUCGGCAGCCAGCGUGGCGAAUCCGACGGCAGUAGGCCGCGACAACAACCAGACGCCGCUAAGUUUCGAGCAGGCCAUGGCGAUGGGCAGGGGCGGCAGGAUGCUCCCCUCGCCUGUCCCCAACGGCUACAAACCGAAACCCACCAGGUCGAGGCACUCCGAUUCGGACGACGACGACUGGUGCUAG